AUGUUACGGCUUUUUCCAAGACAUGCAUACAGCCAGGCCAAAGCAGGAAGCGCCGUGCAACCACACAUAUUCCCUCAUGCUCUGAAACUUCCUGAAAAAAAGUGA